AUGGUUGCAGCUAUGCAGGCAACAGCUGAGGCAUUGGGUAAUCAAAUAAAUCAGGGUAAUCAUGGGAACAAUAAUGAUGAGGAUGGUCCUAUGACACUUGCUACAUUUCUGAAAGUUCAUCCUCCGACCUUCAGGGGAACCUCAAAUCCCACUGACGCAGAUAAUUGGAUUCAGGCUAUGGAAAGGGCGUUACAGGCACAACAGGUUCCUGAAGAGCAAUGGGUUGAAUUUGGAACUUAUCAGUUGCAAGCUAGAAAUGCCAAGGAACUUGAAUUAAUGCAGUUAAAGCAGGGACAGAUGACUGUUGCUGAUUAUACCAGUAAAUUUGAGGAGUUAUGUCACUUUUCUCAUAUCUGUCAAGCUGCGCCUGAAGAUUUUGCUGAAUGGAAGUGUAUUAAAUAUGAGGGAGGUCUUCGGAGCGAUAUUCUGAGCUUCGUUGCCCCAAUGGAGAUCAGGGUGUUUUCUGAAUUGGUGAAUAAGAGUAGGGUGGCUGAGGAUUGUGUGAGGAAGGCGGCAGCAGAGAAAGGAAGUUUGAGGGUGCCUUUCCAGAGGCCUUCAGGGAGGAAUUUUGCUCCGAGAGGUAGGAAUUUCAAGCGUGGAGGCUUUGUUCCGCAGCAAACUCAGGGUCAAGGUAAUUACAGAAGGCCAAAUACUAGUGCUAGUCAAGGAAAAAGGUUUGGGAAGCAGCCACAGCAGGAUCUGAAUUGUCAGAAGUGCGAAAAAUAUCAUCCUGGAGUCCCGUGCAGAUUAGGACUUGGAGUAUGCUAUUCCUGUGGACAGCCCGGGCAUAUAGCCAGUAAUUGCCCUGAGAAGAAGAAGUAUGAGACUAGUAGGGUGCAGAAGCCGGGGAGAACUGAAGAGGAGCAUGCUGAUCACUUUGCGAACUGUGCUACAAAUUCUGAGAGAUAG